AUGGUACGCACGAGCGCGGUCUACGCUUCUAUCGUAUUGGUCAUCGGCUUCAGCUUUCCGCCCUUCUUGAUCGCCGUCGUUCCACUGGUGUGGUUCUACUCCAAGGUUACCGCGUACUAUCUCUCGACGUCGCGUGAACUCAAGCGUCUGGAUGCGGUGUCCCGCUCACCCAUCUUUGCGUGGUUCUCGGAAUCCCUGGCCGGAAUUUCCACCAUUCGGGCCUUCGACCAGCAAUCUGUUUUCAUUGCCAGCAACGCGCGCCGUAUUGAUCGCAACCAGUUGUGCUACCUCCCCAGUACUUCCGUCAACCGCUGGCUUGCAGUCAGACUGGAGUUUGUUGGAGCAAUCAUUAUCUUCGUCACGGCUGUUUUGACUGUCGCUGCCGUUGCGACCAGUGACGUUGAUGCGGGAUUGGUUGGUCUGGUUCUGUCGUAUGCUUUGAGUACGACAGGUUCACUGAACUGGUUCGUCCGCUCUGCGAGUGAAGUAGAACAGAACGUGGUUAGCGUCGAGCGUAUCGUCCACUAUGCGAAAGACCUUGAGCCGGAAGCCCCUUAUGAGCUCCCUGAGAACAAGCCUGCCUCUAGGUGGCCCACUGCUGGGGAAGUUGAAUUCCGGGAGUACUCGGCACGGUAUAGGCCUGAGCUUGAUCUGGUCCUGAAGGAUAUUUCUAUGACCAUAAAACCCAAAGAGAAAAUAGGAAUAUGUGGCCGGACUGGGGCAGGAAAAUCAUCCCUUCUUCUCGCCCUCUUCCGGAUCAUCGAGCCUGCAUCUGGAACUAUCUUCAUUGAUAAAGUAGACAUAAGCAAACUUGGCCUGCAUGACUUGCGUACCGCGAUAUCCAUUGUUCCUCAAAAUCCAGACUUGUUCGAGGGCACAUUGCGAGAGAACAUCGACCCUGUUGGCGAGCACCAGGACGUUGACAUUUGGACUGCUCUGGAACAUGCCCAUCUGAAGGCAUAUAUAGAAUCACUCCCUGGGGGACUAGAUGCUCCAGUACAGGAGGCCGGAUCAUCGCUUUCAGCAGGCCAGAGGCAGCUUUUGUGUUUCGCGAGGGCGCUCUUGCGCAAGACUAAAGUGCUCGUUCUCGAUGAAGCAACAUCUGCAGUUGAUCUAGAUACCGACAGAGCAAUUCAAGAAAUUAUCCGGGGUCCAAUCUUCCGCGAUGUGACCAUUCUAACCAUUGCGCACCGCUUGAACACGAUCAUGGAGUCUGACAGGGUUCUAGUUUUGGAUGCUGGAAGGAUCGCAGAAUUCGAUUCUCCACAGAAGUUGCUGGAGAACAAGAGUUCCAUCUUCCGUUCUAUGGCGAUGGAGGCUGGUUUAGUUCAGGCCCAGCCUGAUGAUGAAGUGAAAGCAUAGCUAAGGAGGGCUGCCCCGAUGCUCGGUUCACAAUAUAUCGCAGAAGC